AUGCGCGGCCUAACCGUUCUACUCCUAGCGACUGUAAUCGCUGCAGUUUUAGCAUCGAAAGAAAAUGGGGACAGUAAAGGUGUCUCGUCGAGGUCAAGCUCCGAGGAAGGGAAGACGGUCGAAGCGUCUGGAGAAGAGGUACUCAGGAAGAUAGAAGUAGGAGAAAGCAGUGGCGCUGCCGACACAACUCUGAUAAAGGAGGAAGCCGGCAGAAGCCAGGAGCCUGAAGGAAGUGGGGAAGCAAUCAAAGAAUGA